AUGUCUUGGGACAAUUUCAAGAGCGCCUCUUUGGACGAUCCCGUCACUUCAAGUCCUUGGGACUCUCAUUCUGCUGGUGGCUCUUUUCAAAGAGGCACUGCACCUGCUCCUUCUGCUCCAUCUGCCCAAUUUAGAGUAUCUCGCCACGGAUCCAACAGCCAGCAGCCAGACGACGUCGCCAGUAUCAUUUCCUCCUUGAGUGCAGCCAAUUCCACGCUUUUUGGUAAGGCCAACUCGGUAUUUGCGGGCUUUCCGGGACCAGGUGGUGCUUCAACCACCACACAUCCGGCUAAUCUUACCGCUGCUGGUUCCUCGUCCAACAUUAUGAAUAUUGAUGAGGCUGCUAUCAGUGAUUCUGGAUCGGAUUUCUUCAAUCCAAACCUGAAAGGUGCUCUCAGUGCCAUCAGUGCUCCGGUUGUUGCGGGUAACCAUGGCUCUACUUCUGCUGCUGUCGCUGGAUACAGUCAGUCGCGUCUAACCUCCAACUUUUUUGGUUCUGCAUCUGUUGCAGGUGUCUCUGUCUCCAAUUUCAAUGGCUCCUCUUUGGGCUCUUCGAACUUCUUGGAGAAAUUCUCGUCUGUAACGGAAAAAACCCGUGAACUGGAAAGAAACCUGGGAAAGCUUGCAUUGGGAGGUCAUAGUUCUCCACAUCAGCAGAUUGUUGACUCGCAGCCUGGUAGCGGUACUUCUACUGGUAGACCUUCGUUCUCUGGUCCUGCCACAUUUAGAGAGCCAAGGGACUCUUCCUUCUCUGAAAAACUGGAUUCGUAUAUGUCCAAUAACAAUUCCCCGGCCCAGUCUCGUCAUCUCUCGUUUAGCUCUGAUGUCAAUGCCGGUGGUUCUGACCACACCUCAGUCGCUAUGGAUGAAAGAUCAGGUGGAAUUUGGAAUCCUGCCACUGCUACCUCGUUCUUCCCUCAAAGUUCCGUCCCUGCCGCUAACGGUAUGGGUCCUAUGGGUUCUAUGGGUGCUAUGGGCUCUAUGGGUCCGAUGGGUCCAAUGGGUCCAAUGGGGCCUGCAGCAGGAGUACCACCCUUCCCGCAAGGUCUGGUUCCUUCUCCUUUCAUGAUGCCUCCUGGUGGGAACUAUAUGCAGAUGCCUGUAUCUCCAUUCAUGAUGUCAAUGUAUCCUCCUAAAGAUGGGGCUACCUCUAAUAAACGCAAUUCAAGCUUGGAUUUGAAGGACGAAAAUUCUCCUCCCAAGAAUAUUUUCCGUCCUGGUUUGGUCAGACCAAUGUCUCCCUACGUGGUUCCUUCGUUUACUCCUUACGGAAUUCCUGUCGGUAGUCCUUCUGGUACUGCGGCUACUACGGCUACGCGUGCUUCUGCUCAUUCUGGAAGCUCUUCUACCGUAAAUGCAUUUGAUGGCAAAGAAGAGGAUAAAUCCCAAUUAGCGGCAGGCCCAGAUUCUGCAUCUGGGGCUUCCCAAAUGAGUCCGAUGGGUCCUAUGGGUUCAAUGGCUCCAAUGGCUCCAAUGACGCCUAUGGAACCCAUUGGACUUGCUUCUCCGAUGUCUCCUAUGUCUGCUACUGCAGGUUCGAUGACGGAAGGUGACUCCCCCAACGGACCGGGUGGUAAGCGCUCAGCUAAAUCUGGUAAACCUAAGAAGCAUAUCUUUCGAUCCCAGUUGUUGGAAGAUUUUCGAAGCAGCAAAAGUGGCAAGCAGUAUUCUUUAAAGGAUAUCUUUGGCCAUGAAUAUGAAUUUUCGAAGGAUCAGCAUGGUUCCAGGUUUAUUCAACAGCAGCUAAGCGAGGCCUCUGAUGAGGAUAAAGAAGUUAUUUUUAAUGAGAUUCGUAACUAUUCGAUCGAUCUCAUGACGGAUGUUUUUGGAAACUAUGUGAUUCAGAAGUAUUUUGAAUAUGGAAGCGAUAUACAGCGGCGUAUUCUUUUUGAGUCUAUGCGUGGUAACUUCAACUUCUUGUCUUUGCAAAUGUAUGGAUGUCGUGUGGUUCAGAAAUGUUUGGAAGCUGUUCCUCUUGAUUGCAAACUUGAGGUCGUCGAGGAAUUGAAACCAAACAUCCUCAAUCUGGUGAAAGACCAGAAUGGUAACCAUGUGAUUCAGAAAGUCAUCGAAUGUGUUCCGAACGAGAAGACACCGUUUAUUCUAGAGUCACUCAAGCAUCAGAUUUAUCAUCUAUCCACUCAUCCUUACGGUUGUCGUGUUAUUCAGAGAUUGUUGGAGUACUCUAAUGAUGAAGACAGAGCAUAUAUUCUUGGUGAAUUAAAGGGUUUUAUCUAUUAUCUGGUUCAGGAUCAGUUCGGUAAUUAUGUCAUUCAGCAUAUCAUCGAGCAUGGUGCUCCUGAGUACACGGAACAGAUCCUGCAGAUUGUCAUUGACAACCUCGUGGAGCUCUCAAAGCAUAAGUUCGCUUCUAAUGCAGUCGAAAAAUGUAUUGUCCAUCAGACUGAAGUCAACAGAAAUCGUGUCUAUGAUGCACUUCUGUUGAGGAACGAGAAGAUGGAGUAUCCUUUGGAUGAAACGUCUCCUUUGAACUUAAUGAUAAAAGAUCCUUUUGCUAACUAUGUGGUGCAGAAGAUGGUGGAGUUAGUUGACUCUGAAAAGAGAGAAUUGCUUAUCAGUAAGAUCAAGCAAUACUUGAAUCUGAUUAUGAGGACCAGUGCAACUGGCAAACAUUUGGCCAGUAUCGAUAAGUUGAUCAAUCUUACUGAGAGAUACGAAUAG